CAAUUUGCAAAACCCCCUUAAAAUCUCUCUUCUUUUUUUUUUUUUUUUUAAUCUCUACAUUACCAUUUAUCCAAAACUCCUCCUCGGAAACAUUCAUCAACAAUGGAGGGAAUUUCUCUUCUCAGCUCCACCACCUCUUCUCUUCCCACCUUCAGACUCAGACAACCACUCCAUUUCUCUCCCGCUUUCUCUUUCUCUCUCUCCUUUUCUCUCUCUCUUCCUCACUCUUCUUCUUCUCAGUCUCUCUCUCUCCUCUGCCCCAGAGCCUCUCUUCGCAGCUCCACAUUCUUCGUGGAAACACCCAACACCCACAACUCCAAUUCCACUUCCUCUUCCUCAGACGCCUUGCCUAAGACCGACCGCUUCGGCAGGUUCUGCAGCCCCAGAGCCGCCCGUGAACUUGCUCUGUCCAUUGUUUACGCGUCUUGUUUAGAAGGGUCUGACCCUGUUCGGUUAUUCGAGAAGAGAAUCAACGCCCGUCGAGAACCCGGCUAUGAGUUCGACAAGGAAUCGUUGUUGCAGUACAACCACAUGAGUUUUGGAGGGCCUCCUGUUACAGUAGAGACUCUUGAAGAGGAAGAGGAACUUACGCGCAAUGAUAAGAAGGAAUCUGACAUUGAAGCAGAGGUCCUUGGAGCUCCUCCGAAGUUGGUGUACAGUAAACUCAUUCUGCGUUUAACGAGGAAACUUUUAGUUGCAGUCUCGGAUCAAUGGGACAGUCACGUCAUUGUCAUUGACAAAGUUGCCCCUCCAAAUUGGAAGAAUGAGCCUGCCGGAAGAAUUUUGGAGUUCUGUAUUCUUCAUUUAGCAAUGUCUGAAAUAUCAGUGCUGGGAACCCGACACCAGAUUGUCAUUAACGAGGCCGUGGAUCUUGCAAAACGAUUCUGUGACGGAGCGGCUCCGCGAGUUAUCAACGGUUGUCUUAGAACUUUUGUCAAAGAUAUUGAAGAAACUGGUCUACCUCUGGCCUUGGAAGAUAAGCAGAAAGCGGUUAGUUCCGUGGAAUGAAGAAUCUCAACUGGGAGUAAAAUUAGUCUGUAGGUCUUGCGAACCAUUGACAUAUAAUUUUACUAUUUAUUUUUUGCCACUUCAAAGUGGAGCCUACAUUUAAAGGCUUACUUGCUUGGCAAGGAAACUUUCCAAGGAAGUAAUUUUUAUAUUGGGACUAAUAUGAAAAAUGUUGUGUAAUGUAUAUGGAUUCUGUAUUGUGGACAGUCAAAUAAUACUAAUAUAUCCUUUUUCUUUA